AAGUAGCUCAUCCUGCACAUCACUCCUCGUUCACACAAGCUGAAUCGCUGAAGAUGAGGAUGAUUCUUCUAUUCUGCAUCCUCUGCCUGAUGACUUCUACUGGCCACAAUCAGGCUGCAGGAGUUCCUGGACGUCCUGGACCACCUGGAGCACGUGGAGAACCUGGACCAGUUGGACCUCGUGGACCUCCUGGAAUGACUGGACCACCUGGACCACCUGGACCACCUGGACCACCUGGACCUGCUGCAUUCUGUGGACGAGAUAUCUUUGGCCCUAUUAUGGAGGACCUUGAAACCUUAAAGAAGAGCCUUGCGAAGGUCAAGCUGACUAUAAACUACGACUUUGUCCGCAGCGUUGGUCAGAAAUACUUUGUGUCCAACAAGGAGAUGGGCUCGUUCUCCAGGGCCGUUGAGUUCUGCUCCCAACAAGACUUAGAGCUGGCUUUACCCCAGAACGAGGAGGAGAACAACAUACUGACUCAAGUGUUUGUGGAAAGUAACGAGAACGCCUGGAUCAACGUCAACAAUAAAGCAGUGGGGAAUUUUGAGGCUGAUAUGAAAAACCAACAUCUGGCCUUCACCAAAUGGGGAGAAGGGCAGCCAGAUAAAUCCAUCCAGGAUACAGGCUGCACUAUGCUGUCAGAAAACCGUGUCUGGAAAGUGACACCUGAAUGCUCUCUGAAUGCUUACAUCAUUUGUCAGAUAUAGAA